AUGUUUGUAGUUAUAGAGGUGAGUAACACGCCGACACCUUCAAUGCUCUCCUUGGUAGAGUACCUGGUGGGUAGCCUCGGUCCACAUACACCUAUAAACCUUGAAAUUGCAGGUGACACACAGAUACGACAAAGUCACGAUACUAUCUGAUUUGUGCGAUCAUCCGUCAGUUAAAUACAAGCUCGACGGCAGCAUAUCCCCCUCGACGACAGUUUCGGCGCCGACGCCGACGCCGCCAACAACUGCAACUUCCACGCCAACGUCUUCAGCGCAUCAGGGACGGCAGAGAGCGUCCAUCAACGACAUCGCCAGUGCCCUCUCCAAGAAGACGUCCCCUAUGCAGGCCGCCGUUCCGAACGCCAUCAAGUCCGAGGUCUGUAGUCUCUUGGGUUAUUCGAGCUGCAAGCAAUUUUAAAAAUAUUUGUUGAUCAAUCUUCAAAGUAAUUUCGAAAUCUUUUUUUGAUUUUUGAGGGCCCUUUCGGCGUAAUAAAUUGUAAAUAAGCCGCAUCUGCAGAGAAUUUAGACAUUAUAUAGACGAAAGAAACGUUUUCAGCCCAGCGAGUCAGCUCGAGCAUUGACGGCUUCCCCAUCUUCUGGAGCCAUUCCAAACGCCGCUUUGACGCGGUUACUGGAAGAUCAAGACAGAGCUCUUUUCUUGGUAAGCCUGAAAAGGGAAUCAUUUUCUAAAAGUUUUUUCUUCAGCAAAAGAAACAAGAGCAGGAUCGUCAGAACGCCGAGAUCCAGAGAAUGAUUUUGGCCCAUGCGAUGAAUUCGCCGUUCAUGAACCUCGACAAUUUGAACGAGAGAACGCAGUGAGUUUUUCCCGCUCAUUACGAGCGAUUCAUUUUUGUUGAAGCUGCUUUCAAGUGAACCGAACAGUUUUUCAGAAAGAAAAAAGAGUUAUUGUUAAUUGGAAACAGCUAGAAAAGCUUCAGAUCGCCUGAAGACGACGAACACGCGUCCAGUGAGACUAUCAGCAAAGCUGGGUCUGACGACGUCAAGACGGAACUCAUCGAAGGCGGCUCCAUCGGCGAAAACGACUUUGGCCUCGGAGCGACGGAUGAGCAGGUCCGCGCCUCCAUGAUUCAUCUUCUAAAUCCAGUACUGGGCAGCGCUUUUGGGGUAAGUCACGCGACGCGACUUUGUUCAAACGGAAAAAGUCUUUCAGCAACUACUCGAUGAGAACUCUGUGACGGCCACGACUCACUCGAACUCCAAACGAAAAGCUGCAGGCGAGGAGGGAACCACGACGAAGAAACAUCGGUGGCUGACGGCCGACGAACUCGAAGAAAGCCGAUCUGGACGCGGAAAGAACUGCGGACGUGUCCAUUGCAAGGCCACCUACAAAUGCGCGGUCAGAGUUUCGAAUUUCUGAAAAAAUGGAUUUAUGUUUUUGUUUUACCUCAACUUGAAGGUAAAUGGGCGGAAUUUUGAACUUUCGCUGAAAGUGCAUUUGCAGUAAAGUUGCUCUAUGGAGAAUACGGAAAUGAUUUCUCAUACUUGAAUUUUUCCUCUAUCUAUCCUGUUCCAACCGAAUAACCUGUUCACCCAAUUAAUUUUCUAGCUGUGCGGAAAACCGACGACGCUCAACUCGACCGGCUCCCGCUGGAACCUCCUUCGACACGUGAUCAUGAUUCAUUCGGAGUGCAAGCCUUACAAGGUAUGGAAAAUCGUGUUCGGGGUUUUGCAUGGUCCAGCGUGUUGAUUGGGUCCUUCUGUGUGUGGUUGUAACUGUGGUUUGUUGCUUGCAGUGCUGGGACUGCGACUUCACCGGCAUCAAGAGCAACGUCAUCUCGCAUGCGCGACAGAGUCGCCACCGUUCCGACGACGCCCACGACAUCACGUCAGUUCUUUCUGCUUUUUGUCGAUUUUUUUUCCUCUGCUUUCUAAUUCGAUCUGACCCGAAAGACUUCUUGGGCGUAAGUAGAAUAUCAUUUCAUUGAAUGCCUUUUUAAAUGUCUCAUUCAGAAAGUUCAGUGAGCCAAUCGUGAGUUUCACAUGUUUUUCCAGUUUUAUAUUUUGCAUAUGUAGUGUGUUAUCUUCGAAGUGUGUGGUGAUUAGUGAAUUCGAAAGUUCUCUAGAAAGUAUUUGUCAAAACUCGUGUUUAUGUUUUUCUUUUUUUUUCCAUUCUGUGAUUGGAGUGAAGCAUGAGUCUAUCUCCUAACAAAUGGAAUGAGAAAAGAUCUAUUUUCCCUAAUAAGAAAUGUUCUCGACGUAGGCGAGAGUGCUUUUUAAUACGUUAGAUGAAGCUCAUGAAAAUUAAAACUGUGCAGCUUUUCAUUUGUGACUUUUUCUCAAAGAUAAGUAGUUCUGAAGGCUGAGAAUUUUGAGACCUUGAGGCAGAACAUUUAGAACAAACAGUGUUUAAGAUAAUUCCAGGAAACUGAAGUUUUCAAUGGGAUGACUAUUUUUAAGAAUAAAUUGGAAAUUAGUUUCGUGGGUUCAUGAGUCCUCAGUCCGAUUAAACUACAUAAAACUGGGUACUGUUUUUUCUAACCUGAGUACUUCAGGACGGACGAGAUGCGCGGCGAGUGGAACUCCCUGCUCCACCAAUGCUUCCCCGACUACGUUCGUGCCAAGGAGCGCGGCUGGACCGAAGACCUCUCCGCCACGGCCAUUUCGACGCCAGAGAAGACCGCCGUCACCUGCUGA